UUUUCGCAAAUUUUUACCUUUUCUGUCAAGAAAAUGGUUUCAUAAUUAAUUUUCACAGCUGUAAGACGAAAGAAUAAACUAAGUUUAUAGAGAAAUCCGUUCAAAAUUCGACCAUAUUUGAUUUAAACGUAAAAUUUCUAAUAGGAGUAUACAAUGGCAGCGCUGAUAAAACUAAGGCAUAUGCCUAUGAUACGGCAAUCUCUUUGGAAUCACUUAUCUAAAAGUAGUCGAGCUAUUUCUACAUCCAAGAAGAAUAGUGAUAGCGCUGCCACUGUCACUGAAACUAAAACCGAAGAUAAAAACUGGGUAAGCUAUGGGUUUGACUAUACUAGUAAGGAAGACGACACUAAUGCUCAUCAUGCAUCUUACUUCUUUACUGUAAGCUUAUGCAUUGUAUUUGGUGGUUUCUUUUGGGCAUACUAUCCUGAUAUUCAUCUGAAAGACUGGUCGCAAAGAGAAGCUUAUCUGGAAUUGUACAGACGUGAGAAGGCUGGCUUAAAACCAAUUGAUCCAAAUUAUGUGAACCCUAAAACCAUAAAGCUUCCAUCUGAAAGUGAUUUAUGUGAUAUUGAAAUUAUAAUUUAAGGCAGUGCUUGGUUAUGUAAAAUCUAUAUAGUAGUUAUUAAAAGUGUUCU